AUGAACGACCUACAAGAGCCUGUGAUACAUCCACCAACUCCUACUGAAUCUGCACCAGUGAAUGGUGUACCAGUGGAUGAAAUUAUACCAAUAUCCUUACUACCACGUCUUCGUAAGAAAGGCUACAAAUUUUCGUCCUAUGCCCGAGAAGACCAUGGAAAUGCUAUUUAUUGUGUCACAUUCUGUGAUGUUUUACCCAUUUAUGAGCGGAUGUUUGCAGCAGCUGGUGGUAAUCGACUGACAGUGUAUGAAUGUCUGGAGAAUGGCGGGCUAGAUGUGGUCCAAGUGUAUUGUGACGGAGACCAGGAAGAACAAUACUUUACGGCGGCGUGGACGGUCGAUGUCCUUACAGACUCACCACUGCUGGCGGCCGCAGGCUUUCGUGGUCAUAUCAAGGUGAUUAACUGUAUUACACAAUCGGUCUUGAUUGUGUUAUCUGGACAUGGAAACUCUGUUAAUGAACUCAAGUUUCACCCGGUAGACCCAAGUUUGUUGUUCUCAGCUGGAAAGGACGAGUCCAUUCGUCUGUGGAAUUCGCUCACGGGUGUGUGCGUGGCAAUCUUUGCCGGCCACGUGGGUCAUCGUGAUGACGUGCUAAGCCUCGACAUUCAUCUAAAGGGUUCGUGCUUUGUAUCAUCUGGCAUGGAUAACACGAUCAAAAUCUGGGACCUCGAGGAUGAAGUCGUCCAGACGGCAAUCAAAAAGUCAUACACGGAGCCACGUCCAAAAGAUCGUCCGUUUGACACAAAAUUUAUUCAAUUUCCAGCGUUCUGCACUAGCAAAGUGCAUGCUGACUACGUGGAUUGCGUGCGAAUGGUGGGUGAUUUGAUUUUGUCCAAGUCAACUGGUAACAAGGUGAUUUUUUGGAAACCAAACCCGUCGCGAGGGAAAGACGCAGUUACGGUGCUACGUGAGUAUCACUACAAAGAUGCAGACUUGUGGUUUAUGAAGUUUGGUCUUGACUCGCAACUGGAGGUCAUGGCAGUGGGCAACAAAAAGGGCGUUGUGAGUGUUUUUGACCUGGACGCUGAGCAAGAGCGCUCAAUUUGCAAAUUGACUCACAAUAGUUGCAAGAACACAAUUCGUCAAGUAUGUUUCAGUAAAACUGGUCGUACUAUUAUCACUUGCUCGGACGAUGCGUCUGUAUGGCGUUGGGAUUUGCAUUAA